AUGGGCCGCACUUCGGCUUAUAUUAAUCUUACUUCCUCUGAAAAACUCACUCCUCUCAACUAUCAUGUCUGGGCUACUAAGAUCCUUUUGGGUCUUCGUGCAAUGAAUAAUGGUGUCCAUCUUUAUGUCGAAGCUGGUACUGUCAAUCCAGCUGCUAAUGAAUCCCUCGAAGACCUCACCGCCUCGCUUGACACCGUCGUCCAUGAUGUUAUCCUCAACAAUAUUUCUCCUGAGUUGAUCGAACAUGUUAAUGAUGUGGCCAUUAGAGGCCGUGACCUCUGGCUUUAUCUUCAUCAGGAGUAUAGUCAACUUCAACCCGCCGAUGUCAUCUCACUUAUGAAAUCCCUCUAUGCUGGCAAUAUUGAUGUUGGUCCAAAGUUUGUUUCUUCUGUUCGCUCUUAUGUUGCUACCUGGCGUUCCAUCUACCAAUCAUUGUCGCCUGAUUCGGUUGUGGCCUUCAACGCUUUGGCCUCAAUGGGUCCCAAUUGUGAGCGCUUCAUCCAGUACGCCUUGGAGCACCGCUUUGAUAGUAACAAUGCUGACAACCUUGAUAUCAACAACUUCAUCCGGAACACUGAUAAAUGGGCCAAGCGUGGUCAUACUUCCAACAAUUGUCAUGUCUCUUGGGAAGAGGUUCAGGCUGCUCGCCAAGAUAAUAAGGAUGACAAGGAAUCUAAAGAGGCUAAAACCUCAAGAGGUUGGUUUGCUGAGACUAUUGAUGAAUUUUCUGAGAUAGUUGAUGAUGAUCCAUUUGUGAGUUCCGCUUUUGUGUCCGAGACAUCUGUUGUUUCUGAAAAGUUUGGUAACAGUUGCUCCGAGUCGUUUGAUGAUUUGGAAUCCGAACUUUUGAUUCUUCUGAGCCGUGUGUCGGCGAUGAAGAUUGUUUUGUUAGUCAAGUUUCUGAGUAUUGUUCAAACUCAGGACUUGAUAUUGAUUCAGUUGGUUCCACUGAUGAUUCUUGUUUUAAUUCUGAACCCUCCUAUUUGUUUUGAUUCUGAAUCGUUGGUCGAUUCGGAUGUUGUUCCUUUGAUUCUGAACCGUUGUCACAUUUGCAAUAACAUCUCAUAUUUUUCUUCUCUUCGUCCCACUUCGGCUACCAUUCGUGGUCUUGGUUCUGCUACUGCUGAGGGGUUGGCGACAUUGUCGUCGAUCUUCUUGGUAAAGAUGACCAGCCUUGUGACCGCGUUGUUCUUCGAGAUGUUUUAUAUGUUCCUAAGAUUCCUCGCAAUUUAUUUGCUGCUCGUCGAGCUACUGCUGGUGGUUGUCGGUUCAUUCAAGACCUUUAACCAUAUUUCUGCUGUUGAAAAUGGCAAACUCGAGUCCACGCCAUUGCCAUGGCCAGUUCAUGAGGUGUUUGCUGUUGAGUCGUCUGCCAAUCUUUGGCACAAGCGACUUGGUCACGCCAGUGUGGACGUUCUCAAGAAAUUAUCUAAGUCACUUUCUGUCAAGCCUACUCAUUUUGAGGUUGUGGAUAGUCAUAAGUGUGUGACGCUUGCUUGGUCGUCCUUUGAGUUAUUUGUUUCUGAUUUAAGCGGUCCUCAUGUCGCUACCCCUGUGGGUCAUCGUUAUGUCUUAACCAUUAUGGAUUAUUAUUCCAGGUACUCUUAUGUGGAGUUGUUGGUUAGGAAAAGUGAUGCAAGUCUUGCCAUUCGUAACUUUAUUGCUAGGUUCGUACCACUGGGUGGUGUUGCACCUCUUCAACUUUGGACUGGUAAACCUCCUAGUUAUCAUCAUAUGAAAGUAUUUGGUUGUCAAGCUACAGUUGUUCUUCCUGGUGCUAAAAGAGAAUCCAAGUUAAGUUCAAAUACUGAAGCUGGUGUUUUUGUUGGGUAUUCUUUGGAUCGUACAGCUUAUCGAGUUCUUCUUGAUUCAAGCAUUGUUGAAGCCAGGAGUGUUUACUUUGAUGAGUCCAAGUUUCCAUUUAUGAAAAGUGAUAAAGACUUGUCUAUUAAUGGUACUGGUGUUGGGUUUAGUGUUGGUUCUGGUUCAGGGUCCAUGUCAGGGCCUUGUUUUGAUUCUAAGGGGUCUGGUUUAGGAUCUAAUGUUAGGGUUAAUUCUAUUGCUAGUUCUGAUUCAAGUUCUGGUUCUAGUUUUGGGUCUCAUAGAUCUUUACCAGCAUCCUCAUCUGGUUCUGGUUCUGGUUCUAUUUGUGCUUUACCGUCUCCGUCUCCGUCUUCUUCUCCGUCUCAUUCUCCGUCGCCACCUCCUCCUUCUUCUUCUUCUAUUAUUGUUCAUAAGCCUCGUUCUGUUCGUCGCAUUUUGUCUACACCUUCUGCUCCUCUUGAGUCUCCUACUCUUCCUACUCUUCCUUCUAUUCCUUCUGUUCCAUCUCUUCCUAGUUCUCCUAUUCUUCCACCUUCAGAUCAUGAAGUCUCUAUCUCUACUAAUUCAAGUCCUAUUGUUUCUUCUUCGGAAUAUAUUCCUUCACAAUUAGACUUAUCUGAAGCUGGUCCAUCUAUUAAUGAAUCUGAUAUUUCAGGUGAUUCUGGGAUCUCGCAACGAGGGGGUGAUAUUGGGUUUCAACCGUCUAUCAUUGCUUCGUCUCCCACUCUACCACCUUCUGUUGAGUUGGAAGUAGUGCCACUUAGUCAAGAAUCUCCUUCGCCUGAUCUAGUUAAUUCUCUUGACCAAGCUGGUGUUAGUGUUGUCACUAAGGAUGAUACUCAAGCUGUUUUGCCUAAAUCUCGAUCUCGUGUUGUUGCUGUUCGUUUACCUUCUAUAACUCCUGCCAAACGCCCGAGUUCUGAUGACAUUGUUUCACCUCCUUCUAAACACCUUUGUGAAAAUUCUUUGAAACAAUCUCCAGUGUCUGCAACACCUGCAAAACGUCCAGCUGAAGAAGAGUGUAUUUCUUAUCGUCGUCUCAAAUCUCUCCGCUUUGAGUAUGAUGAUGUGGCUUUACUUGUUUUUACAGAUCCUAGUAGUUUUGAAGAAGCUAUGUCUAGUGAAGAAGCUGAGUUUUGGCUUGAAGCCUGUGUUAUUGAAAUGUCGUCUCUUAAACGCAAUGGUACUUGGGAAUUGGUUGAUCUCCCACCUGGUCGCAAGGCUAUCAAUAGCAAAUGGGUAUUUAAAGUUAAGCGCAAAGCUGACGGUUCAAUUGAACGUUACAAAUCUCGUCUCGUGUGUAUUGGAUUUUCGCAAGUUGAAGGUAUUGAUUAUACUGAAACUUUUGCUCCCGUUGUUCGUUACGAGACUGUGAGGAUUGUUCUUGCUAUUGCUGCUCAGUUUGGGUUCCAGGUUCAUCAUAUGGAUGUCGAGACUGCAUUUCUUAAUGGUGAUCUCAAAGAAGAUAUUUAUAUGAGACAACCUAAAGGCUUUGUUGUCAAAGGCCAGGAAUCUAAAGUGUGUCAUUUGAAGAAGUCUUUAUAUGGUUUAAAGCAAGCUCCUUUGUGUUGGAAUGAGAAGAUUCAUGGUGCUCUUGUCAAACUUGGGUUUAUUCGUAAUGAAAGUGACUACGGUGUGUAUACCAAAGGAUCUGGGUCUACCAUGGUUAUUAUUGCACUGUAUGUUGAUGAUUUACUUAUUUCUGGCAAUUCUCCUGAAGUCAUUGCCAAAACCAAGUCUUCUUUGUCAUCUAUGUUUAAGAUGAAAGACUUGGGCCCAGUCGAGCAGUUCCUUGGCAUGAGAGUUAAGCAGUCACCUUACCAUAUUACUGUGGAUGUUUCACGUUAUAUUUUUGACAUGUUGGAGGAGUUUGGUAUGCAGAAUUGUUCAAGUGUCAAGACUCCUUUACCCACUCGUGAUCUUUCUGAUUUUUCCGAGUCUGACUCUGCUACCGAUGCCUCCAUGUAUCGCAGUAUUAUUGGUAAGCUGAUUUAUGCUGCUAAUUGUGCUCGUCCUGAUCUUGCUGUUGCUGUUAGCUUUCUUUGUCGAUAUAUGCAGAGUCCGAAGUCUAUUCAUAUGGAAGCUGCUAAGCAUACUCUUCGUUAUCUUAAGGGUACUGCUGAACUUGGUCUUGAAUAUCGAGCUCAGAAAGUCUACAAGCUUGUUGGCUAUAGUGAUGCCGACUAUGCACAGGACAAGCAGGACCGUAAGUCCUUUACUGGGUAUGUUUUUAUUCUGUCUGGUGGUCCCAUUACUUGGGCUUGUCGAAAGCAAGUUAGUCCUGCAUCGUCCAGCGUCGAGUCUGAGUAUAUGUCAUUGUCUGAUGCGUCUAAGGAAUGCUUCUGGAUUAAUCAGUUGUUGUCUCUUUGCAAGAUUCCUGUUCCGUUGCCAGUGACUAUGUUUGAGGACAAUCAGGGAUGUAUUGCAUUGGCUCAGAACCCAGUGUUUCAUCGUCGCACCAAGCAUAUUGAUGUUCGUUAUCAUGUUGUGCGUCACUAUAUUCGCAGUGGAGUGAUUCAUCUGGAGUAUCUUGAUACUCAAGUGAUGUUGGCAGAUAUGUUCACUAAGAAUCUUGGUCGUGUGAAGUUUGAGACAUUGAGAGGACUACUUGGUAUGAAGGCAGUAGGUGAUUCUGCGACAAGGGGAGGUGUUGAGCAUGCAAUGUUGUCGCAGACUAGUGCAGUUGAUAAUGCACGUGAGUUUGGGUGGGAAACUAUGGUUGACAAUCUAUGUUUAUUUUAG